AUGGUCGUAAUUUCGAGGCUUAUUGUACAUCGGUUGAAUCAACAGGAAUUCAAACUGGAAACACCCGGAACCAUGGGCCUGCAACAACAACUCGACGAAUUUAUCGAAGAUAAUGAGUGUCCACCUGAUGAUGUGGUUUUACAUGUCAAAGUACUGCGUCAGGCGCCAUUAAAACGAAUUCAAGCGAUAAACGCUGAAAUAAAGCGUCUUGAAGAAGAACGAGCUGGACUCGAAGGAACGAUGAAGCAAUACGACCGUAUAUUGGCCCCAAUCAGACGAAUUCCAUCCGAAAUUUUACGUACCAUUUUUGAGCAUUGUUUGCCCACCAAUCGGAACCCUUCUAUGGAUGCUACAGAGGCUCCCAUGCUUCUCACUCGAAUAUGCAGUAGCUGGAGAUCAGCUGCAAUGACCUCUCCGCGGUUGUGGUCGCGGUUGUAUAUCCCAUUUCUUAUCAGUGCCGAGGCAAAGUGCCUCUCUGCUUGCGAACCAAGUGUCCCGUUGGACAAGCUGAUCAAGACUCUUGAACUUCGGUGUCGCGCUGUUGGGGACUGGCUUUCCAGAUCGGGUGACCAGGCGUUGUCCAUUUCAGUUUGCUACGGGCAAAACGCACGUACUGUCAAAUCAGAUAUAAACCAGAUCGACGGACCAAGCACAUUGCUUUUUGGUACGCUAUUGAAAUUCUCAUCUAGAUGGAAACAUCUGCAGCUUUCUGUUCCGGAAGGCAUUUAUCAUACACUUGAGGUCAUGCUAUCGGGACAUUCUCUUCCUUUAUUGGUGGAUCUCUCGGCCGUGGUAUAUCACUGUAUGUGGUAUACCUAUCGACCCAGCGACGAAAACCCGCCGACAGUGCUCCUUAGAGCACCCAACCUAAAGCGAAUCUUUAUGGACGGUAUAACGUAUACCGAUUGGAUCCACCCCACUACCAAUAUGACAUUUCAUUCCCCAGGCAUCACCCAUCUAACAUUAUCUCAGUGUACUGUAAAUGAUUGUAUCAUUCUUCUCCAACGACACCCACAGCUUGUCUAUUGCGAAAUCACCAUCCACAAUUUUAUCAGGCGGAACGCCGCUCGCUUGUUUAUCCCAUUAACAAUCUAUCUACCCCAGCUCCUUUCGCUACGGAUAGGCGGCCCAAGCUAUCCUAAAAAUCUGGGAGAGGUCCUCUAUAAUGUUAUUAUUGCUCCAAAGCUGAGAUAUUUUGGAUAUUACAACUCCUUCAUACACACGAUCAAUGGUGCACCAGAUAGUCGAUACUCUAUACCGGUCCACUUCAUCGAGGGUUUGAUUGGCUUGGAAAAGCUACAACUGCAACGACUAUCCUUUUUCGUACCCAAUUUUCUGGCCAUCAUCAAGGCAGCUUCUAAUACACUGAUUCAUCUCUCCCUUUGUGACGAUCGUUUUCGGGGGUGUGAAUCACCCAUAAUAAAUUUGGUGUCACACUGGGACCCAUUCGACUUGGAAAACCUGAUUGUUGGAAAUUUCCCGGAUGGCAAUAUGCAAACACUACUUCCGUCUCUUGAAGUGUUCGAGCUUGAUCAUACAGAGGUAUCCGAUGACAUCGUCCUUCGGUUUGUCACCAGUCGGAUGAAACCGCAAUCGCCUAUUGCUGUCAUCAAGAAGGUGGUUAUCCAGUUUAACCGACUGAAAGACGAGAAUGGUUAUGACCUGUCGGAAGAAAUCAGAGCUAGGGCAGACGAGGCGGGCGUUCAGGUGGAGACGACUUUCCACUAUGCGUUGUCGACAUUGCAGGUGGAAAAGAAGAAUAAUUUUUUAUCGCCGUCGUACCAAGACAAAGAGUGUCAUGCACUGCUACCGAAGACUCUGGAAUGGGAAGAAUAG